UGCUGUCCCAGACACUUCGGGUGUCACAACAAAUACGGGCCGAACAUACAAGCAUGAUCACGUAUUGGUUGUAAAAAAAAUAUGCACUUUCCUUUCUUUGAUGGAACUGUUCAAGACGUCUUAGUAGGAAUCCUCAAUGUGAAGAUGUUUGGAAGUGGUACUAAGGAGUGGUUUAUCAAGAAGAAUAAAAGACAGAGGACUAAAGGAAGGAAACCUGUCAACAGGAAGAGAAAGAAAUGGGUGGCUAAGGUCCUGAAGCAGCACAGGGAGAUGAUCCUGAAGGAACUGGAUGUCAACAAGGUGCUGCCGUACCUGGUGUAUGACAAAGUGUUUUCUCUCGGGGAAUACAAAGAGAUACUGGGUCAAGACUCCAGCAAGAAACGAGCCGAGCUCUUCCUGGAUCAGCUAUCGCUGAAGGGCCCGUGUGCGUUCAACGCCUUCUGCUCCGUGCUGGAGGAAGUGUGUCCUCACCUCCUCACCUGCUUCCUGUUGGAUUGUGAAGAUGGCUCAGCUGGAGGAAACAAGAAGCAAGGACAAACUAAACCAGCGCACAGUCAAGAGAAUGCGCUGUCCAAGGGACAAGACACGGUUUGUUUUCUACCUAUGUACACAGACCCACUUUUUGACACAAGGGUCUUCCCCAAGCACGACAAAGACGAGUACGGGCCUGCAGUUUACUAUCCCAAGAUCCACGGUUUCAUUGGCACACCAGAAAACAUCUCUCUGCUGGAAGAAUCUGAGGGAUCGGUGUACGGCAAACCAUCCCUGCGCAGAAUCAAGGGCCGAAUCCACCGCAGCAAGAGCCUGGACGGCAUCGACCUGCUGGACUCCAACAGUGCAGCAAUGGAGGAGACAGUGAUAUGGGAACAGCACACUGUAAAUCUACACAGGGCUCCGGGGUUUGGCUUCGGGAUCGCUAUCUCAGGCGGGAGGGAUAACCCUCACUUUCAGAGCGGGGAGACGUCCAUCGUCAUAUCUGAUGUGCUGAAGGGAGGCCCAGCCGAGGGCCUGCUGCAGGAGAAUGACAGAGUGGUGAUGGUCAACGCCGUCUCCAUGGAUAACGUGGAUCAUGCGUAUGCAGUGCAGCAACUUCGGAAAAGUGGGAAGAAUGCAAAAAUAACCAUCAGGAGAAAGAGGAAGGUGCAGGUCCCCAUGGGACGCCCGGGUGAACGCGAGACCAUGUCGGAGCAUGAUGAGGACAAUGACAGCUACGAAGACGAGAUCUACGAGGCCCGGAGCGCACGGAGCGGUCCGAGUGCCUACAGCGGGGGCGGAGCCACGGGCCGGAGGAGUGGCAGGGGUGACCGGCUGGGCGGGAGGAGGGACCGAGACAGAGAGCGCAGCGGCUCCAGAGAGAGGAGUAUGUCCCCACGCUCAGACCGCCACUCUGUGUCCUCCAACCUCACCCCACGCCCAGCCAAGGUCACCCUCAUCAAGUCCCGCAAGAAUGAAGCAGAAUACGGGCUUCGCCUGGCCAGCCACAUCUUCGUAAAGGACAUUUCCCCCGAGAGCCUGGCAGCCCGAGACGGAAACAUACAGGAGGGAGACGUAGUGCUCAAGAUUAAUGGCACGGUGACUGAGAAUCUGUCCCUGAUCGAUGCUAAGAAGCUGAUCGAGAGGUCAAAGGGCAAGCUGAAGAUGGUGGUGCAGAGAGACGAAAGGGCGACCCUGCUCAAUAUCCCAGACCUGGAUGACAGCAUACCUUCAGCUAAUGCCUCUGACAGAGAUGAUAUUUCAGACAUCCACUCCGUGGCCUCCAAUCAUUCCAACCGAUCCCACGACCGGAAGAGGAGCAGCCGCUCUCGUUCUCCGGACCGCCGCUCCGAGCCCUCGGACCACUCCAGACACUCUCCGCCACAGAUCAGCAACGGCAGUCACCGAAGCCAUGAUGAAGACAGGGUCUCAAAGGCUGGGCCGCUUCCCGUACCUGCUAAGAUGGUGGAGGAGAUGCCGAAAGAGCAGACUGCAGCCAGAGAAGAGAAACAGCUCCCCCCUCUGCCAGAGCCCAAGCCUGUGUACGCUCAACCUGGCCAGCCUGACGUGGACCUGCCUGUUAGUCCGGCAGAUGCCCCAGUGCCCAGCGUUACGCACGAUGACAGCAUCUUACGGCCGAGCAUGAAGCUGGUGAAGUUUAAGAAGGGCGAGAGCGUGGGGCUGAGACUCGCUGGUGGGAAUGACGUUGGGAUAUUUGUGGCGGGAGUUUUGGAGGACAGUCCUGCUGCUAAAGAGGGCCUGGAGGAGGGAGACCAGAUUCUCAGGGUAAACAAUGUGGAUUUUGCAAACAUCAUCCGCGAGGAGGCAGUGCUGUUUCUGCUGGACCUGCCCAAAGGAGAGGAGGUCACCAUCCUGGCCCAGAAAAAGACAGAUGUAUACCGGCGCAUUGUAGAGUCCGACGUAGGUGACUCGUUCUACAUCAGGACCCAUUUUGAGUACGAGAAGGAGUCACCCUACGGCCUGAGCUUCAAUAAGGGGGAGGUCUUCCGAGUGGUCGACACCCUUUACAACGGCAAACUGGGCUCUUGGCUCGCCAUCCGCAUCGGCAAGAACCACCAAGAGGUGGAACGGGGCAUCAUCCCCAACAAGAAUAGGGCUGAGCAGUUAUCGAGUGUCCAAUACACUCUCCCAAAGACUCCAGGAGGGGAUCGGGCUGAUUUCUGGAGGUUCAGAGGCCUCCGUAGCUCCAAACGCAACCUGAGGAAAAGCAGAGAGGACCUUUCUGCACAACCCGUCCAAACAAAGUUCCCCGCCUAUGAAAGAGUGGUGCUUCGAGAAGCUGGGUUUUUGAGGCCGGUGGUCAUUUUUGGGCCUAUUGCGGAUGUUGCAAGAGAGAAACUGUCCAGAGAGGGUCCUGACCUCUUUGAACUUGCAAAGAGUGAACCCAGAGACGCAGGCACAGACCAGCGCAGCUCUGGAAUCAUCCGUCUCCAUACCAUUAAACAGAUCAUUGACCGGGACAAGCAUGCCGUGCUGGACAUCACCCCCAAUGCGGUGGAUCGUCUGAAUUACGCUCAGUGGUACCCCAUCGUGGUGUUCCUGAAUCCCGACAGCAAGCAGGGUGUCAAGAACAUGAGGACCAGGCUCUGUCCCGAGUCCAGGAAGAGCGCCCGGAAGCUGUAUGAGCGUGCUCUCAAACUGAGAAAGAACAACCAUCACCUCUUCACCACCACCAUCAACUUAAACAACAUGAACGAUGGGUGGUAUGGCGCUUUGAAAGAGACCACCCAGCAGCAGCAGAACCAGUUGGUCUGGGUCUCAGAGGGCAAGGCAGAUGGCGCUCCUGACGAUGACCUUGACAUCCACGACGACCGCCUCUCCUACCUCUCGGCACCGGGCAGUGAGUACAGCAUGUACAGCACCGACAGCCGCCACACUUCUGACUACGAGGACACCGAUACGGAGGGCGGGGCCUACACCGACCAGGAGCUGGAUGAGACCAUGAACGAUGAGGUGGGCCUACCCAGCGAGCCUGCCAUCACACGCUCAUCUGAACCUGUCCGAGAGGACCCGCCGGUCAUCCAGGACGCAACUGGGUACCCGAGCUACCAGCAUGCUGUGCCGCAACCGGAGCCAGUUAAUCGCAUCGACCCGGCCGGGUUUAAGAUGGCAGCGCCUCAGCAGCAAGCAGAGGCUGCUCUGGCCUCACCGCCCCCUCCCUCUGCAGCGGCAGCAGCGCCCCCUGCUGUCCAACCCACCACGCCUCUAGCGGGUACGAACCCAGAGGAGCCGUCUGGCACCCCUCAGGCCGACUCCCUUAACAGCCCCGUCCCCGUUCCCGACCCCCAGCCCGAACCUGAGCUCACUCAGCUCCCAACACAUGACCCCCACCAGUUGCUUCCUCCUGGCCCAGAUCCAAAGAUGUAUAAAAAGGAUCUGUACAGCGUGGAUGAGGCGGUGCGAGUGAACCACGGCGUGAAGCCUCCCCCUCCCCAGCAGCAGCCUUUAGGCCCCCCCACCUCGCUCUCCUACAGCCACCAGCCUGUCUACCAGGACCAACAGCCAUACCGCCAGUACGAGCACCCGCCUUAUGGCUACGACGGUGGCGGCUAUGCACAACCAAAGCCUCACAAUUACGACCCGCACCUGCACUACGACAGCCGUGUGCCUCACUACAACGAGCAGUGGCCCCCUUACGACCAGCAGCAGACUUCACCCCAACCGCCGCCCACGUCCGGCUACGCUCAGGCCCACAAGCCGCCUCCUCCUCCACUGGGGUACAGACCCCGCUCUCCAUACGAGGACUGUCCAACCAGGGAUUUCAGCCCCCCUCAGUCCCAAUAUGAUGGUGUGUCCCCAAUGAGCUACGAUAACCGGCCGCAGCACGCCAAACACGCCCCUGCUCGCUACGAAGAGCCGCCUCCUCCAGUCUCCUACGACGCCCGCUCACCCUUCGUGUCUGAUCCGCAUGGAUUCCCAGGCAAUGCGCAUCGCUCCCCUGAUCCGCCCAAGCAGUAUUACGGCGACGCUGCAAUGAGACCCUCGUACAACCCUGGAGUGCCGAACCGAGCGUAUAAAGCAGCACCGCACGAGCCCGUGAUGAACUCUGAACCUCCCGCUCCGCCCCCCAAACCCGAGGCCGUCUUGUCUUCAGGAGAUCCGCCUCACCCUGCAGCUCCCAAACCAUUGCCGCCUCCCCCCAGGGAUGAUGACGACGAUGAAGACCCUGCCAUGAAGCCCCAGUCUGUGCUCAACCGGGUCAAAAUGUUCGAGAACAAGCGCUCCGUGUCUGUUGACCGAGCCAAGGAUAUGCCGGAAGUAACAGGAAUUAGGCCCACAGAUCUCCCAAAACCUGUGAGCACACCUGGUCCUGUGCUUAAAGCCAACUCUCUCAGCAACCUGGAGCAGGAGAAACACUCUUACAGAGCCCCAGAGCCCCAGAAACCUCAUCCGUGUGUAGGGGACGAGGUGGUCCGCUCCAACCACCAUGACCCAGAUGAAGAUGAAGAGUAUUACAGGAAGCAGCUGUCAUAUUUUGACCGCCGCAGCUUUGACAACAAGGCCAUGAAUCAGCCCAACACUGGAAUCAAUCGCUUUCACGAGUCGCCCAAACCUCCUCAGCCCCAGGUCGCAUAUCCUUUCGCCAGGACGGAGUCUGUGGAGAAGGUGAGUCCUGUGGACAAGAGGUAUGACACCCUGCCGCCUGCCAACCCGUCACCUGCUCCAUACAGCCAGCCCACGCCUGCUGCUCCACCCACAUCCCUGCCCAAACUCAGCAACAUCGACGUAAACUCGCUGCCAGAUCCUCACAGCUCUCCCAAAGCCAAACCGGACCUGCCGGCUCUCAGAGCUCCCGCCCGGGACGACCCCAUCCAGACCAGCUACCUGCCCCCCAAGUCUUCUAUCAACGGCACGGACGCCCCUCCCAAAACGCUAGGUGUCCCUACCAGCUACAACCGCUACGUCCCCAAGCCUUACACCAGCUCCGCCCGACCCUUCGAGCGCAAGUUCGAGAGCCCCAAAUUCAACCACAACCUGCUUCCCAACGACACGCAGUCCAAACCCAGUGUGAACAACAACCUGAAACCUCAAAUCUCGGCCCAGCCCCUGGACACCGACAGCGGGGUCGACACUUUCACACGCACCAUGGACAACAGGCCCAAGAAUCAGCACAACAACAUAAACGCCCUUCCCAAGUCCAUUCCUGUCAGCCCUAAUGCACUGGAUGAUGAUGUGGAAGACGAAGGUCACACUGUGGUCGCCACUGCGCGGGGCAUCUUUAAUUGUAACGGUGGGGUGUUGAGUUCCAUAGAGACAGGAGUCAGUAUUAUCAUCCCGCAAGGAGCGAUUCCAGAUAGCGUGGAGCAGGAGAUCUACUUCAAAGUGUGCCGGGACAACAGCAUUCUGCCCCCUCUGGACAAAGAGAAAGGUGAAACUCUGCUCAGUCCUCUGGUGAUGUGCGGCCCUCACGGUCUGAAGUUCCUGAAGCCCGUGGAACUGCGUCUACCACACUGUGCAUCUAUGACCCCUGAUGGUUGGUCUUUUGCUCUAAAAUCCUCCGACUCCUCGUCGGGUGACCCCAAAUGCUGGCAAAACAAGUGUCUACCAGGAGACCCCAAUUACCUGGUGGGCGCCAACUGUGUGUCCGUGCUGAUCGACCACUUCUGAAGAGCGCAACAGCUGGUCUGUUACUGAACGUCAGCGCAUGGACCCUUCUCCAGCUCUUCUACUCAGGAGGAGGGAUUUGCACCACUUUAUGAAGUAUUCAUUCUUCCAUCUUUUCUUUGAUGGGCUGAAGCGGCGUGCCCAAAAAAUCUCUUUGAGAACAGCACUGAUGGCACAGUACUACAGAGCGCUCCUUUUACUAUUCCCUUUGUUUUCCUUCUCUCUCCCCCCCUCCCUUUUUCUUUAGCUUUUGGUGCUUGAAGAAUUGCAAAAAAUUACUGAAUAAAUAAAUUACUGAAAUCGAACUGCUAAUGGAAUGCAUGACCUGUGCCACAGACAGUCGGAAAGAUUUCUCCCAUUUUUGACAUUUGUAGCGUCUUUUUCUCCAAAUAAUUAGAAGUCUUGAACGGAACCGGAAAAACAAUAGAUGGAAAAAUGAAGUCAUUUUACGUAAAACAAGUGAAUCCUACCAAUGUGCUCCCAAACAGAAAAGUCCAUGUAUGCAGAGCUUUUUUUGUUUGCGAGGUCGUGUGUUUUUCGUGGAACGCUGUAAUUGAUUUUCACGGAUCUGGAAAGCAUGUCGGUUUGUAGAGAAUGAAGAACAAUUGAGACUUUCUGAAGUGAAGAACUGAUUAUUGAAGGAAUGUGACUUUUGCACUCGUCUGCUCAUGGACUUCUCUCUGGCUAAAAACGAAAAAAAUGGGCUCUUUUUCUGCUCUCUGGUUUUGAAGCGAUUUUUUCUAGCGUCGAUAAACACUGACUGUGGUUUUCCGAAACUCCUGCUGUCUAGAGAUCUAUGCAUGUGCUAUGACUCAGGUCCAAACGCCUGCUACUAAGUUGAGUACACAAACCUACCCAUCAUACACUGCAAGCAGUGAUGCCUUAUCUGCAUUUUUUUGUUGUUUUGUUACUUUGACCCGAAAGACGUCGAAUUUCUGUUACAGAGGGAAGGACACGAAACUCUCCCACCGUAAUGAAGCGGGAUAUUUAGCACACAAUGAAGUCUGAUCAACAGGUCCGCUUUCUCACUGCUAUGCAUAUGAAGUCAAAGAAUAUACAAGAACGUGUUUCAAUUACAGCUGUAUAUAUUGUGCUAGCAUAUGGCCUUGGUUCGCUGUAAAUGACCUUUUGUACAUCUUUAUUUUGUAUAAAAACCUAACAUGGAAAAAAUUUCUUAACAAAAAAAAAAAAAGGAAAACUAUAACAUUGGUUAUGUUUGUAUUCCGGUUAUACUUCUGAGCUUUGGAAUUUACCUUAGCACUACGGAGAAAAAAACUGAAGCGAAUUUGAAAAAUUACAAAAUAAAUG